AUGGAGUCCAAAGAGAUCCACGAGAAGCCUGCCACAGGCGUCACCCCUCUAGACGCCGUGCAUUCGGCCUCCUCCAAGACGUCGUCCAGCGACGAGAAGCCCACCGUCACCACUGCCGAAGAGAUCUCCUCUGAGAAACACAACGAUAUCAAUGUCCACUACGACCCCUCUGCGGCCCCUCGAUAUACCAAGGAAGAGGAAGAUGCUGUCAUCCGCAAGCUCGACUGGCACCUGAUGCCUCUCAUUUUAGUCCUGUACUCCCUGUCCGUCCUAGACCGCUCCAAUCUAGGCAAUGCCAGGAUUUCCGGUAUGGAGAAGGACAUUGAUCUCAGUGGCAAUCGCUAUGAUUGGUUGGGAACUGCAUUUUACAUUAGCUAUAUCCUCUUUCAAUGGACGCAAAUGGGCUGGAAAGCAUUCCCCCCUCAUGCCUGGGUUGCCUUUGUCGUCUUCGGCUGGGGGGUGGUUUCCACCUUGCAAGCAGCAUGUACAUCCUGGGCCGGUGUGAUGGUCUGUCGAGUCAUUCUCGCCAUCUUUGAAGCUUCCUAUGGUCCUGGUGUCCCAUUGUACCUCUCCUUCUUCUAUCCGCGCGAAAAACUUGGCCUGCGAACCGGGAUCUUCUUGAGUGGCUCUGCCCUCGCCAACGCCUACGGAGGUGCGCUCGCGUACGGUAUUUCACAAGCAAAAGGCGCCCUGGCACCUUGGCGCAUCCUAUUUAUUGUUGAAGGCGCUCCUACUUGUGUGCUGGCCAUCGUGGCGUGGUUCUGGUUGCCGGACUCUCCUGCCCACUGCAAGUUCUUGUCAGAGAGUGACAAGGCGAUUGCGGUGGAUCUGUCCUUGAGACAGCCUGGAGACAGGACGGGAAAGAAAGGACUGCAGUGGAAGCAGGUAUUGGGCGGGUUGAUGGAUUAUCGAUCCUACCUUCCUCCUCUGAUGUACUUCGGUUGCAACGUCUGCUUCGCUUCCCUCCCGCUCUUCGUUCCCACCAUCAUCAGCGAGAUGGGCGCCUUCUCCACCAUCCAAUCCAACGGCCUCUCUGCUCCACCAUAUGUAUUCUGCUUCCUCGCAAUCUGCGGCACGGCCUUCAUCUCUGACCGCCUGAAGAUGCGUGGUAUCUUCGUCGCUAGCCCUGCGUUGAUCGCGGCGGUCGGGUACAUUAUCCUGGCCACCACCACGGGGGUAGCACCGCGGUAUUUCGGCCUUUUCCUGGCCGUCCUCAUCUUCGUGUCGGUGGCAAUGGUGCUAACCUGGGUCGGUAACACCCAUGCCACGGACAGCAAGCGUGCCGUGGGUUUGGCUAUCCUCGCAACGGGUGGCCAGUGUGGUCCCGUGCUGGGUACAAACAUCUUCCCCAAAAGCGACGCGCCGUAUUAUCGCAAAGGCAUGUGGAUCUCAUGCGGUGCGUGUCUGAUCGUCGUGGUCACAUCCCUGAUGCAGAUGGGACUGCUGAUGCAGGCGAACCGGAAGCGCGACAAGAAGUACGGCCGUGACAGGGAGACUGUGCACCUCGAGGAGCCUGGCCAGUAUGGUAACGAUAAGCAGUUUAGAUAUAUGAUUUAA